AUGGCGCCGGUCCCCAUCGAGCCCAAGCUGAGCUACACCGGCUUAGCAGUCGUAGCUCUCCACCUCUCCAGUGCCGUGUACUUCACCUUGAGAGUUGCGCGCAGCCUUGCUCAUUCGUACAAGUCUCUCUCUCCGGCCCAAGAUGUGAGACUACGGUUCGACAGGCGAAGGAAGCUUGUGCCUCUGUUUUCUGGACUGGCAUUUCUGAGUCUCAGCACUGCAAUUUACUCAGGCUACACUUAUGCUGAACUCUCAUACCGGGUCUGGGCUGAUGCAAGAGGAUACCUGCCUAAGCCUUCAACCAGUAUUCUCGGUGAUUUCACUGGAAACGGAACCACAAACGUUACCGAUGUUGCCCAUCCGAAUGCCACUGAACUCGCAAUCUAUAGGAUCCGCUGGCUGGCCGACACACCAAUUUACCAGGAUGCGUUCGAGAUCGUUGCCGAGAAAGCACGCCGGCUCUGGUGGGGACAGCAGAUCGACCUUGCUCUGGUCCCUUGGAGUGUUCUCCUGGCCAUCGAGGGCAUGAGACGGAGGAUUCCAAAUCUCUUCGCGUUCCUUUGUCUCGCUCAUUUGGUCAAUCUCUCUUUCGCGCAGAAUCUAUUCUACGUGGCCUUGCUGUUAACGCCAACACCUUUACCUACGGUGGAGAAGCCAUCCACAAGAUGGUCUCGUGUUCGCGAAAGCAUAUCCCCUCCGAAGCCCCAGAAUUGGUCUCUGAAGCCAGGUCUGUUCCUGCUUUCAAUCGCGCUCAGCUACGCGGGCAUCUUCUACUUGCCAUAUGCGGCGGACACUCCAUCCUUCAAUCGUAUUGUGGGCGCGGCGAGAGGCCUGACUUUUGCACCCCUGAUAAUGCAAAGCCUGGCACCGAUAUCGUGGGGUCUUGUCCACCCUCACCCUGAGAAGGCCAACUCCGCCUUCACCGACCUGUUCCGGCUUAUGUCAUUCUUCAGUCUCGUACUGCACGGAACAGCGACCUUCAAUGGUCUCAGGUACAAUCUUCCUGACUCCCACUACCACCGCCACAGCAAGCUGUUGCCGUGGGAUGUAGAAGAGCGGUCGAAGUGGGAACGCGCGCGGACGGCUUCCGGCAAGCUUUUGGGGUCAAUGGCAGAUCAUCCUAUCGUCGCAGCCGUCGGCUACGAUGUUCUUAUCAGUGGCCUCGGUAUCGGGGUCUGGGCUGCCGUUCGGUCUCUCAAGGCAGGCGAUGUUCUUACUUCAUCUGUGCCACUGUACGAAAACAGCGAUGAUAUUCAGACGGGGCACAUCUCAGGAAAAGCAACAGACGAGGAGCACGACAAGGCAUCUACAGCCGGAUCCGUCCGCCGAAGUAGCAGGCAGCACAAGGCACGAGUCCCCAGCGUCAGCAGCGUGGCCAGCCAUGACAGCGAGGACCACCGGGCGGCGCCCACUCCUCGGCGCAGGGGUCGGCCGAGGAAGGUCAAGAAGGACCCUGAGGAGGAACCCGGCGACGAGACAUACGAGCCUUCCCCUGAGGAAGAGAAAGUCAGUGCAGAGGGAGAUUCGUUGCCUAGUCAGGAGGUCGACUGGGAGGCUGCUGCUCUUGCCUGGGGUCUAACCGCAGUGGGCGGCUUGGGCUUGGGCAGCUCAGGGGUUUUUGGGGGUGAAUGUCUGGCGCGUUGA